AAAGAGUGGGCGUCAACUGCAUCCUGUGAAUAUCUUUCAGAGCAGGUGUAAAUAUUGUUAUUCGCUUUGGGAGGAGUUGUGCGUGGGUUGAAGUGCGACAGGCGUAUGUUGUCGCGCGGCUGAUAAAUGUAGUGGCAGUGUAUACAUUGUGUUGUCAGUUACUGGGAUUAAGCUAUCGCAUUCUAUUUGUUUAGAACUUCCCAGGUUUUUAAGAGACCGUAAAUGGAUAUAUGCUCUCCACGUGGCCCUAUCGUUAACCUCAGAUUUGUUUACAAGUUGCGCCUUGCGAAAUUUAUUCGGUAUAACUAUGUCUUGUGAUUACGAUGACAGCGAGUUCUUGGACUUUAAAGAAUUGGAAGAACAGAUAACUCAGAUAGUAGACAAUGGAAACCUCGAGGAAAUGCUUCGCAUACAACUAUCGGAGUUUGAAAUGUUACAGUCCAUGUUUUCAAAUCCAGGAGAAUUUUGUGUGGAUGACCCAAGUGUUAUAGCCGAUAUAAAUGAGUUUGUGGACGGAAGGUGUUCUAUCAUUCCACCUCGUUUAGAUUUUAGUAUAAAUUUAUUUAUAGAUAUGGCCAAGUUCGAAGUCUGUGUGAACCUCCCACACGAUUAUCCAGCUACUGAGCCAGAUAUUUUUGUGAGAAGUGACAAACUCAGCAGAAACCAGCAACACAGUUUGAAUAUUGACCUUAGCAAAUUUAUUGCUGAUCUUGAUCGAGGUGAAAUCUGUAUCUGCUCCGCAAUUUCUUGGCUUCAAGAAAAUGCUACUCAUUAUUACGUUGCAAUUAAACCAGAACCACAAGUGAAAAUAUGCGAAGAUGAAGAUUUGUUUACCCGGUACUGGAUAUAUUCUCAUCACAUUUACAGUAAAAUAAAAAGGAGAGAAGUAUUGGAUCUUGCUCAUGAAUUUAACAUCACAGGAUUUUGCCUUCCUGGAAAACCUGGAAUUAUUUGCGCUGAAGGUUCCUCUAUGGAUUGUGGUGAAUGGUGGCAAAAGGUGAAGAGCAUGAACUGGAAAAAGAUCAUGUGUAAGAAGAAGGAAACUUUCAAGUUAAAUGGAGGAGAAAUGGAAGAACUUCGGAAAUUUCCCAGUUUUCGUGAGAUUUCUUUUGAAUCUGGUAAGGGAAAAUCUCAGGAACAUCACAUGGACAUGGGUGAAUUUUAUAGGUAUCUUGCAGAACAUAACUGCAGCUAUGUAUUCAAAGACUAUUUCGGUGUGGAUGGUAAAUGAAGAAAACACCCAUAAAAAUAUUCACUGUUUCUCGGUUUGAAUUACAGUAUGUCUGUAUCACAGCUGUACUUCAUCGCAGUUCUAGUGUAAAUAGUAAUGUAUGAUUACACCUAUUUUCCAAAUGAAGUCUUAAGUAGUUGUACAGGUCAACCCAUUGUUGUUGUUAAGUUUCUCUCACAGAUUUCAUUAAUUCUGUCAUUUAGCUAUUAAAAUUAUGUUUCAUUCCUGUUCUAUUUCUAUUUAAGAAUGGUUUCUUUCUUUUUUUUAAUUUUUGUAUGUUUGAUAUACUUAUGAUCUUUAAGGAAGUCCUCAUACACUGGAAUAAAAUUUAAGCAGCUGUCAUUUCCAUGUAGUAUGAGCAGUACUAAAGUGAACAAAAAUUUAAUCAGUGUUGAGAGUAAUUCCUCGUUGAAAAGACAUUACUGUACUGUGGCAUUCACACCAAUCUUGCGUUUCAUUUUCUAGUUAUAAGUAAUACGCAAUUUGGUGUCAUAUCAUUUUUACAAAACUAGAAUUCAAGUAGUUUCAGAGUUUUAAAAUAUACAACCAGAGGUAUUCUUUGUAAAUACCAGUAUUUUGUAUUUACAUCACAUUUGUAUGCACACAAGAAAAUACGAAUGGGAAGCCUAUAUUUUUGCAUCAUGAGCUGGCCUAAUGUAUUGAUUCGUUUUAUAUAAGGACUCUUAACUCAUUUGGAAAAAAAUACUGGAGCUGUGUCCUUCAGAAGCAUGGGUUUCUAAAACAGGAUAGAUGAGAUUGACCCUAAAAGCACUGAGAAGUAACAGUAGAGGCAGUAGUUCAUCUGGAAUCAUCAAUAAGAUGACAUGGAUGGAAAAGAAAUACAUUAGUGACAAAGUUCUCUGUCUUUGUGCUAUCCCUUUCAGGUUACAAGUUUGAUCAUGUCUUACAGCAUUCAUUGUUUCUCCUUGCUUGUGGACAUUGUUUAAUAGAAAAUGAUUUUGGCAAUGCAUAGAAAUCUUUUAUUUUAAAGAGAAUAACUGUUCCAUAAUUUUUCACUUGUUAAUAUGCAAAAACUACACAGUUUUGUACCAAAGAAAGUCAGUUUUUGCUCUAACAAACAGUUGACUGUUUGAAAAAAUGCAAUAGUGAAUUGCUGUUUGACUGAGUUACGCUACGAUUUUGACUUCAGUGUAGGGACAUUUCAGUUUUCCAGGAUUUUCACUGUUGCCACUUAGGGCACAUUAUAUGACGCACGCACCAUGACAUCAGAGCUAAUCACGUAUGAGAAUUGGAAGAAACUCAAAAAAGCUUCAGAUAGUUAAUGUUUUGUUACAAAUUCAUAAGUCAUUAUUUUUCAGCUGAAAAAAGUAGUCAGUAGGUGAGGUCCAUUUUGGCGUCCAAAAACUUCAAUUCCAUGUUAACCUUUUCCAUGUAACAUGUCAAACAAAUUAAUCAGAGCAAGUUGACGAAAUCCAUUAGAACUUCUUGACAUAAGCUUUUUGACUGUUUCAGUAAGUUUGAUAGCUACACUAGAUUGCUGUCCGAGUAGUCUGUCUUAACACGACUGAGAUUGUCUGUUUCUAAUUCUGUCAUCUCUUUACUCUUUGUCUGAACAAAGAGAGAAAUAAGUAAAAAAUGUGAUUUUCAGUUGCAAGAACAUAAAUUAAAUCUGUUUAUUUACACUCAGUAUUAUGAAAUAAAAAGAGCUGUGAGAGAUGUGGAAACGAUGGUGGGGGGGGGGGGGGGUGCAGAAACUCUUGAACUUUAUGGAUAGAGGUUGGAGCCAGCAAAGAGCAAGAAAAGAAUGAAAGGAAAAGUCUGGUAAGUUAACGCACAAAGUGAUUGGAUCAAAUCAAUCAAAAAGCUCAGGGAAAGGUCAUUUGUAUCAAUAAAUUACUCAUUUAUUUAAAUAAUAAUAUCAUUGCAGGUACCUCUGCAGGUAUCGGAUUGCUGAGUUGCUGUACAAAUUUCUGUUUCAUCCUCAUUAUCAACAUCUAUUGAAUCUCAAACCAUUAUACCUAGUUUUGACAGAAAUAUGUGUUCAUCUUGAUGGUUAAAUGAUGGCCUCCAGGGCUUUCUGUGAAUUGUUAAACACUAGUUAUGAAAACCAGGUAUUUUAUUAAGGUGAACAAGUGUAAAGUGAUCAUAUUGAGUUGCUAAAGAUGCUUUAAUACAGUAGUUAUAAGAUUCCAGAGUUCCUGACAUUAUUGCCUCUUGUGAGCAACUGCUGCAGUAAAAUACUUUCUGGUGUACAAUUUGAUUUUGUGACAAUUGAUACAACCAAAGCUCAUGGCUGAUGAUUGUGAAUUAAUAGCACGCUGAUGUGAAAAAAGCAUUAGUAAAAGUUCACUUCUAGAUUUGCCCAUCAUAUGUAGUAUUUAUAUUUAACCAGAGCCAGAGUUGCUACAAGUUCUGGAAAUCAGGGAAUUUCAAACUUGUCAGGGAAAUUUGAAGAAGACACUCAAAAAAUCUGGUUUUGUGUCAGUAGAUGAAAUGGUUUCUUUACUGAGAUGACAAGCAUUGUCACUGGCUAUGUGCAGCUGAGAAUGUGUGCCACUUCCCUAUUGCUACUUUCCUACCACUCCCUUCAGCUUGCAGUCGGUGCAGCCACCACUUCUUGCUGCUAGCCUAGCAGCUGCCAACAUGAGGCAGGGAGGUAUGAGGAGUGGUUUGUUUGGAUUUAAUUAUGAGUGUCUGGUAGCCUUUUCUACAUAUCUGACUGUAGCUCAGUGAUAAUCUUUAUGAUGAGUUGCUGCCUAUCCUCAUUAGUAUUGAUUCUCAGAUUAUUUGUGCAAGUUAUCUUUGAAUGAUUUGAUCACCACAGUCUCACUUCAUCAUGUGAAUAGCUGGCCACACAAGGAGAUUUUUGCAAUGGACCAAAACCGCAGGCCAUUUCUGCGGGCUUCUCUAACGGAUCAGACCUGCCGAUCUGAAGCUCAUCAUUUGUCACUAAUGUACAGGCCCUGCCCAUCGAAUCUCAUCUCACCAAUCUGCCCGCAGGCUGGAUUUGUUUGUGUGUGGCAUAAUGCUGUGGAUUUUCAUGGUUUAUCCGUGGACCCAGGACAGAGGUGCUCCAUGGCAGUCUAGAGGCCACAGGUGAUGGAUUUCAGGAAAUGCAACACACUCACCUCAAGUUUAUUGUACAGUGCAGCAUUUUAUAGACUUUUAUUUAUUGUAGUACAUUUUGGCACUUCAAAAAUAGUUUAUACGAGGGUUGGAACUUUAAUAGUGCCAAUUAUUUAUUUACAACUCGUACAAAAUAGAUAUGUGUUUCAAAGUUUUACUGACCUUCAAAGUAGUCAUUAGCAUUGUGUAUAACCUGUUGCCAGUAAUGUGGAAGUUGUAGGGUACUCUUAGCAAUGCCAGUUGUGUUGACAGUUCAAGCGGUGCUGUCUAUUGCCUGAUGAAUUUGUAGCAGGUCUGAAAUGAAUGCCAUGAAGUGUUUCCUUCAGUUUAGAAAUUGAGUUGAACUUACUAGGGCUUAAGUUAGGGGAGUGGAGUAGCAUCAGUCAGACAAAUUAGUAACAGCUUGCACUGUACGUGCUUGAGCAUUGUCCUGCAAAAUAGUGGUCAGGUCCUUCAUAAUGUGGCAUCGCUUCUGUCUCUAUGCUGUUCAUUUUUGGAACACAACCAUUGACCCUCUUAGAGACAGAAGUGAUGAUACUUUCUGCAGAACCUGACCGUCAUUUUGUAGGACAACGCUCAAGCACGUUCUGUGCAAGCUGUUACUGAUAUGUUUGACUGAUGGGGCUGCUAAGUGCUAUACCACCAACUGCACUCCCCUGACUUAAGCCCUCAUGAUAAGCCCUCAUGUAGUUCAACUCUAUUUCUAAACUGAAGGAAACACUUUACGGAAUUUACUUCAGAACUGCUACAAAUUUGUCAGGCAAUAGACUGCGCCGCUGGAACUGUCGACACAACUGGCACUGCUAGGAGUAUCCUACAACUUCCACAUUGCUGACAGCGGGUUAUCCAAAACGCUGGUGACUACCUUUACUACUUUCAAGGUCAGUAAAACUUUGAAACACGUAUCUAUUUUGUACAAGCUGCAAAUAAAUAGUUGCCACUAUUAAAGUUCCAAUCCUCAUAUAUUAGAAAUUAUGGACGAUAAGAAGAAGAAAAUUCUGGCAAUCGCUGGUGUUUUGUAUGCUAUGUACUCAUAUAUUUCUCGAAAGAAAAAUCACACAGGUUCUAGGCAUUUCAGUCCGGAACCACGUGACUGCUACGGUCGCAGGUUCGAAUCCUGCCUCGCGCAUGGAUGUGUGUGAUGUCCUUAGGUCAGUUAGGUUUAAGUAGUUCUAAGUUCUAGGAGACGGAUGAACUCAGAUGUUAAGUCCCAUAUUGCUCAGAGCAAUUUGAACCAUUUGAAAAAUCAUACAAUACCUGUAUAAUAAUAAACAUAACACCGUGGGUAAUAAUCGACAAUAAUGAACAUAGUAGAACCAACAUUUUAUUGGCAGUCAUCUAUAGUGUUGGUUUACAUAACUCUUCCCUGCCUUAUAAAUUUCUUUCAAGAUGCCUACUUUUUUUUCUGUGGUGAUAUCUGAAAUCAGUGAAGACAUUUUAAAUCUGUUUUGUGACCCUAAGGAAAUGCGUAUUUUUGUCACCAGUUGUGUUUUGUUUUAUUGAAAUAAAAUAAUAGUGGCCUUAAUGAAACAUAUAUAACAUUUGGCUUGCUUUCUCCUUCUAAAACAUGCCAUUACAAAAGAUGCUGAUGUUGGUACUUUAGAUUUUUGCUAACACAAGGGAGAAAUACAGAAGUCCCUCCUUUUCUUGCCAACUUAUGUCUUUACUUACUCUUGAGAUCUCAAAAUUUGUCAGGGGAAAAUGAUAAAACUUGUCUGGAAAUCAGGGAAAUGACAGGGAAUUUCACUUGGGGGAAACUUGUGGCAACACUGAGAGUGUAUGUACAACUAACUGGUGCCCAUGCCCUGCAAAAGACAGUUUUCCAAGUCAAAACCUAUACCUUAUUUGUGGUAGGUGUAGUUCAGUAUAUUCACGUUCAUAGGGAAACAGUUUUUGUGAUAUCUUUUAUUUUUCCACAGCUGUUCCCACCGCAGGGUCAAGGUCUUGCAUGUGUUCAGUGAGUCUUGGGUUGUUGAUCAUUUUACAUUUUUCUUGAAGCCUUUGGCUGGUAGUAAGUUUUCUCCAACUCCUUUCUCCUGGGGCUUGUCAUUGCUGCAGCUGUGUUGUAUGCCCCAAAAUGUUACAUAUUUGUCCAUCACUUUGUGUAUAAUUGAUUACCACGCCCCUCUUUUUUUCACUGGCAUUUUUAUUUCUUGUCCUGUUGGCCAGUGCAACUCCUUUGGGGUCGUGCAACAUACUAAUCUCAUAUAUGUUAUCACUUUCUGCUCCAAUAGCAACUCUUGUGCUAAAUUAAUUCGCAGAAUUUUGGAGCAAGUCAGUCAAAAAGAUUUGCUGCUCUCCCAUAACUGUCAUAGGUAAAACAAUGUAAGGUGGUGUCUUGGAUUCUCAUUGGGAAGGAUCUUCUUCUUCUUCUUCUUCUUCUUCUCCUUCAUCAUCUGUUAUGCAUUAGGGUUUCCCUCAGCCUGUUGCAGCUACACCCGGUCCUUCCAUCGUUUUGCAGGUCUUCCAAUGGCUCUUUUACCUUGUGGAGUAUCACCAAAAAAGUUGUGGUUCUCUUGAUGUGUAACAGAUGGGAUAUCCAUUUUUGCCGGCAUUACGUUACUGUUUAUAUCGAAAAUAUUUAAUUACUUCCUGAUAUCUGUAUUUCUUUUGAAAUUUAGCUUGGUGUCCUGCUAUGUACUUGAGGAAUUUCAUUUUAUUGGCGUGUAAUCUUAUUUUAUCUUUUGUUUUCAUUGCCCAAGAUCCACUUCCAUAUAAUAAUGUUGGUACUGACAUAACUUCAUAAAAUUUUAGAUAUGUUUGUGUUCGUACUUUAUGUUGGAGGGCUUUUCUGACAGUGCCAUUUAAGUAUUUAAAUUUCUCAAUUUUGUCUUUUUGAUCUAGGUCUCCCCUGUACGACAGCAUGGUUCCUAGAAAUUUGAAUCUAUAUACUUGCUCUAUAAUUUUGUUGUCUAUAAUUAUUUUAGUUCUUAGUGGAUUUUUUUCCACAGAAAGCCAUGGAUUUUGUGUUUUGUAUUGAUAUUGUCAUAUUAUAUAUCUGGCAUGUUUGGUAUAGUAUAGGCAGCUCUCUGAAGUCCAUCUUCAUUAUUCGAAAUUAACACUUGGUCAUCUGGCAAUAACAAUGUCAUAAUGUAAUCUUUUCGAUGGAAGUUAUAUGUAUAGUUCUUGAGUUUCAUUCUCCAUUGCCAUAUAAUGUCGUCAGUGUAUAUAUUAAAAAGCAGUGGAGAGAGGCUGCAACCUUGUCAAACUCCUAAAUUAAUAACCUUUGUUGUUUCUUCAUUAUCCUCAAUUAUUUAAAUUCUUGUGUUAGCAUAGAUCUUUUCAACUACCUGUACAGUGUGUAUUGGUAUACCUCUUCUUAUUAAAAUUUCCAAUAGCUGUCUAUUUACUUUAUCAAUAGCCUUUACAUAAUCAACGAAGAGGAUGUGUGUUUCUUUAUUGAAUUCCUUAUGUUUUCUAUAAUUUGCUGUAGCAUAAAUAUGUUCUCUGUACAGCUUCUCCCCUUUCUGAAUCUAUUUUGUUCUUCUGACAGCAGGCACUCCAUUAUGGGUUAUAGUCUUUUGGUUAUUAUUCUAACAUAGAUCUUAUACACUGUAUUUAAUAGUGAUAUGCCUCUAUAAUUUUCAGGUUUUGAUCUAUCUCCUUUUUUAGAUAUUGGUUUUAUAAGUGAGAUCAUCCAUUCUGUUGGUAUAUCCUUUGUUAUCCAGCAAAGAUUCAAAAAUCUGAGGAACCUAUCUUGAAAUGCUACUGAAGAAUAUUUUAUGAGUUCACUGUUAAUUUCAUCACUUCCUAUGCCUUUUUGUUCUUUGUAUAUCUGAGAGCAUGUUCUAAUUUUUGGAAUUCAAUAUGAUGUGGAUUUGUUUCAAGACCGCAAUCAUUUUGUGUGUUCAUUUCAUCAGUCCACAUUUCCUUGUAAUAAUGCAGCCAUUCUUUUUUCUUUAUUACAUUGAUAUCUGACACGUCCUUUUCACUGUUAUUCAAGUGUCUUACCAUUGCAUAUGCAAGUGUUUGUCUCCCAUAGCCAUUGUUUUCAAUACUGGCAACAAAGUUAUCCCUAUCGUCUUAAUGGAGAUUCCUGCUUAGUUUUUUCACUUCUGCUGUCUGCUUCUUGUAUGCUUCAUUAUUCUCCUGAGUUAGAUGUUGUAGAUAUUUUUUAUAUAGUUUUCUCAUUAUUUCAACAGCCUCCUCAAUUGCUUUUGUCCAAAUCAUGUGGCCCGUUUUCUUCUUCCUGUGUUUUAUUUUACCUAAGGCUUCACUGGCUGCAAUUCUUAAUAUGUUCCCACUCAUUUUCAGUACUCUCUGAUUCUGGAACUGUGCCCAUUAUUGCAUCUAAGCGUCUUUGAUAAAGACUCUUGAUUGACUCCUGUUCUAGUAAGUAGACUUUAUAUACCUCCCUUAGUUGUUCUGGGGAUUUUUUACGUGUCUUAUGGCAACUCUGCUUUAGGACAACUUUUGCUUGUAGCAGGAAGUAGUUUGUGUUAAUGUCGUACCCUCUAUAUACACACACAUCCUGAAACAGAACAUCUGUUUCUUGGUUUGCUAUUAAGCAGUCAAUUAAAUCCUCAGGUGGACCAUGUGUGUGUCUUUGUGUUUAAAGGAAGAGUUUAAUAUUCUGAAGUUGUUGAAAGUUGCAAAAUCUCUUAACAUGCUUCCAAUGUUGUUGACUGUUGUCUCUCCAGCAUAGCCAACUAUAUUAUCUAUUAUUUCCCUUCCUAUUCUUGCAUUAUAGUCUCCACCAAUUAUGAUAUAGUCAUUUCUAUUUAUCAUAUUUAUCUAUUGUUUUCUGUAGAUCUUCAUAGAAUGUCUCGCUUUCUUUCAUUCUUCCUUCCUUUGGGGCAUACAUUGCUAUACAGGUUAGAUAUCCUCUAGAAAUCUUGCAUCUUAUGCUGCAUACCCACUCGUUUAUCCAUGCAUAGCUUAUCAGUCUGUUUGUCCAUUUUUUAUUUUUUACUGUGGCAACUCCAGCUUGUACUCUUUUGCUUUGUUCUACUCCACUGUAUAUCAUAGUAUAAUUUCCUAUAUCUUUAGUUCCUUUCAUUUUCUUUUCAGUUUCUGUGAUAAACACUAUAUAUCACAGCUCCUCUCUUCUAAUAUUUUAUGUAGUUAUCCUUUCUUUGUCGAUACCCCUUUGACGUUCCAUGUUAUUAAGUUUACAUGUUCUGCCGUACCAAAAUCUUUAACCUUUUUCCUUUUCCAUCUGGCGUUCCCUACAUAGCUUGCCAGUAACUUUUUAUUUCACCUGACCGCCUUAUGGGGGCUGCACAAGUAUAGUUGGAUAGUGGGGCUGCCACUUUGGGGCCUUCCAGUGUGCCUCACUUUCUUGUAACAGUUUGCUCCCCUAGGAAAUCUAGCUUCUCUAUGCCUCUAGAGCCCUCCCUGCUCUAUGUUGUGGGACACACUUUGCCUGGCUCCUCUGUGAAGGCCUGUCCGACUUGGGUGGCUCUGCUGGUAUCUACACUACUGUCGGCAUAGUCCUUGACUUCAUUAAGGUGGUGUCCUCUGGGAGGGCUUUGGGAAGGAUAACAAUUUAAAUCCUCUUGCCAUCCAAAUUUAGGUUUGCUGUGGUCUCCCUAAAUCAAUUUGUGCCAAUGUCCCAUCUAUAAUACCUUGUCAUAGAUGGAAUGUUAAACCCUGACCUUCCCUCCUUCCUUCCUUCCUUUUUUCUCUUUUUAACACAAAUUCAAGUACAUAUAACUCAUGGAAAACAAUUACUGCCUCUGCACUGAAAGUAAGAAAUAUAUUGCAUUUGCACCUUUUAGUCGUGAGAGAAAAUUACAGCCCGAGAAUUGAGCCCCAAAUAACUGACAGAAAUGAAUUAUAUGAUAUGCUUGUAUUUUUUGUUUUAUUUUGUGAAGAUCCCUGUUUACUGGUAGAAAGUGAAGGCAGCUUUUUAAUGUUAAUGAAGAUUAGCACUGCUCUCAAAAUUUUUAUUUGUACUGCCUAGUAUGUAGACUAAAUCUGAUAGACUGGAUGUGUUUUAUACAGUAAGCUAUAGAAAACAAGCAGCUUUUGGACAAAUACUAAUGCUUCAUUUAGUAAACAAUGAUCCACUGUUGAGAGGCACUUCUCAUACUUUUAGAUGCUGAUUAGAGCAUUAUGAGAAAUUAGAAGACCAUAUAAUGCAGGAGGUGGGGCACAAGAAGUAAAUAUGUUGAUAUACUUAUAAAAAUAUUUCUGCUCUUUUACCAUAUGGUUCAUGGUGGAUCUUACACACAGCCACAAUGUUUCUUUGUGUGCUAGAUCUAAAACUAGCUUCUGUACAAUACACCACCAUGUUGACACAGUAGUACCUUGUCUCUUGUGAGGUUGUUGUCCAGCUUUUUCUUGUACCUGGAGGAACAAACUAUGAUGGCAUACUUUUUGAUUAUAAAUGGUGUGUUCUACAGAAAGUGCCUUUGUGUCAAUUUACCAGUUGAUUCCCUUUGCAUCAAUAUAUCUGUGUUCUGUCACUCUCAGGGGGUUUCCGGUGAGAUAGCAAAACCAGCUUCAGUCACACUCUUCAUGAGCAUAAAAUUCUUCAAUGAACAUUCAUUCGAUGCACUCACCAACUGCAUGUAACUACCAAUUUGUACUUCCAGAUGAGGCAUUGACAUUCAAACUGACUUCUUGUAUUUGAACUGAUUUUGUUGUAUUCGGACAAUUCCUUCUGUGUGUUUGCUCCAAACUAUACUCUACUAUGGAAGAUACAUACAAGUUAUUCUUUUUUCUGAGCAAUAAUGUGAACAUAAACUAUUUGUGCUAUUUGACCUUUCUUCCAUUUUUAAGGAUUAAUGGAAGUUUGGAUUCUCUGCAGCAGUGGUAGUCAAUAUUAGCCAGUCAUUUCUCCCACACCAUUGAGGCCUGUAAUUGCCAACUGAAUUUUGUUUGACAUGGAGAUGUUGUUGUACUGACUGCAGGUAGUGAUCUAUUAAUGUACUCUUCUUUAUCAAUCGUUAACAUGCAAGCCUACUAACUACAAACACGACCAAAGGCUAUUGAAUUUGUGAACAGUGGCACCCCUGUUCAGUAACAUGUCCAUGUAAAUUCAACUGUCCAUCUAUGGCUUCCCAGUAUUCUUGGGGGAAGUAGCUGGCUUACAUUGGAUCUAGUGAAAAUGGGUGGCACUAUUAUAGGCGGCAGCUGUUUUAAUUGUUUAGAUGUAAAAAAAAGGUUCUUGUUUGGAUAAAAUUUAGCAUUCUCAAAAUUAAGCCAGAGGGACUGCAAACUAGUUACGUGGGUCUAUGUCCUAUUAGUCACUGCUUUCUAAAAAUCUAUGAAAUGAUUAGGAAUGAGAUUAGCCCAUAAUCAGGGGCUAGUUUGUGUUGUACUGUCGAUGGUUCGAAUCUCACUAAUGACAACAUUUUUUUUCUUUACAUUUUUCCUUCAUUUUUUACUUUUAUUGCAAUUCCAUAUUUCUGAAUAAAUGUAAAUUAACAUAUGUUUAAUCAUAAUAUUUUAAUAAAAUGACUAUCAAGAUUCGAAUUAUCAGUAUUACAGUUUCAGGAUUUUUUGCUCUAAGCACUCAACUACAGAUUGUUUUUUACUUGAUAGCUUGCAAGUUCUUUUGAAAAUUGUGCCUUCCUGCUUUAGAAAACUGAUGUCUGUGCACUGAGCUUCAGCUGCCAUAAGUAUGAAGAAAGUUAGUGUUCAUCCUGUAAAGUCCCCUUGUUAGUUAUGUAACUUUUAAUGUUUGUUACUUACUGUGUCUUGCUGACUUUUAGGGCUUGAUUAUUGGUAGACCUCUGUAUCAAGCAAGUGGUCUGUUUCUCUAUGAGUUUUUUCUCAAAAUGGGUAACAUGGAACACAGUUUGGGAGACAGAAAGAGAGAGAGAGAGAGAGAGAGAGAGAGAGAGAGAGCGAGCAUGUGUUUCUUGCAGAGAUGCCUGUGGGAAUUUUGGGAGACCACUCCAUGUGUAAAACAUGCAGCUACAAUUGUUGCAGCUAAUUGAAGUUGGGUGGAGAGGAUCAGAGUCAAUUUUAUCAAAGGAUUGUCACCUCUGUUGAAGAUUUAGGUCCCAUCUCACUUAUGCAGAACAUCUCCAGCUGAGAUGGUUAAGUAACAGAGUAUUUAGAUUUAUGAUUGCACUCUUCAAGAUCUUUUUGAACUGGCCCUUUUAGGGUUUUAGAGACACUUCUUGGAGAGAUUUGUCCAGGAAUUCUUUCAUCGCAUAUGUGCUGUAUGUGACCAGUUCAUCUACGUGGCUAAUGACAAUGCUUCAAUAUGGUUUCAGUAAGACGUGGAACAUUGGUUAUCUCAUCCUCUCUUUUGAAUUUCAUAAUUGACUGAAGUUUCUGGUAGUGAAAUGUUGUAGUUUCUUAAUGCUAAGGUGGUAAAGUGCCUAGCUUUCAUAGUCAAGCAAGUAAGAUAGAAACAACUACAAUCUGGUAUUUGACACCAAUUUCAUAUAGUUGUUCACGGAUCUUUUGGGAUAAAUCUGUUACAUUCAAGUGGGACUGUGUUCAAAUUGUCCUCCCAACAAGACUUAAUUUUCCCAUGUUUUCCUUCAGUCAUUUUGGUGACUGCUAGGAUCUCGAUUUGAAAAGAAAGCCAGUGAUUUCCUUUCCUAUCCUUGUCUGAUAUGAUCUUGACUGCUGUCUCUGACAACCCCAUGUUUGCCAGGAUGUUGAACCCAAAUCUUUGUUUUAAAAUGGAAGUGAAGACAAAGCUUUGUGGUCAGCGUAGGUACUGUUGUGUAUCUCAUUUUUGGAUGCCACUAUAAAACAGAAUAGUUUGGUAGGAUAUUUCUAGGUUCAUGUUACACAGUCAUUUGGUUUCCCAUGUGUUCACACUCCUUACAGAAGGCUCAUACAUAGAUGAAACAAUUGGCAAACAAUUGCUGUUCUUCAGAUAUGUGCAUUUUGAAAACAUUGUGCUCUAUACAACUGCACCCUUAAUACUUAGAUGAGCUUGGGUAAUCUUUUUCAAGAGAACUGUGGUGUGAUUAAAAUGUUCAUCAUGUUGGUAUCUAUUUUCAGUACUCUUUUUUUUGUAGCUGAUGUCUUGUGGAGUGUGGCAACCAACUCAGGACAAAAAGUGUAGAUGUGGAUAUGCAGCCUACCCAUUUGCCAUUGUAAAUCCCUGUGAGGCUUCUUUUGUACAAAACUUGAAUAGUAUUACCAUUAAGGAGUGUUUGGACAUGGCAUUUUCUGAGUCACGGGGUAAUUGGUUUCUGUUGCUUUCUGGAAGAUUAAAAUUGUAUGCCAGCUAAGGACUUGAACCAGGUUUUGAACUCUAUUCUGGCACACAGUUUUGAUCUGCCAGGGAGUUUUACAGAAGCACUUAUUUCAUUACAGAAUGACAGAUUCAUUUUGGAGAUUUCGAUUUCUCUUGCAGCUCUGUGGCACAGUAGAUCUUAUAAACUGAACCCCAAGAGGAGCAAAGACUUACUGAAAUUCAAGACAUUCCAAAGCUUGUUUAGCAUAAUUGUUUCUAGACACAUUUCUGAUAUAAAAUGUUUAUGAAUCAGAUUGUGUUUUAUUUCUAGUCCUCUUCAUCAGUGUAAUCGUGAUUUUUGAUUUUUCUUCCAAAUUUAGAGCCUUUAAAUUAGCCCAGUGUGUUUUAUCAGUGUGUCCAUAAUACUUACUUUUUGGCUGUAUUUUGAUAGUGAUUAUUACACAAGUAUCAACAAACAAGAUAUGUCAGAUAUAACAUUUACCAUACAUUUGCCAUCUGUUCAGGAAUUUGUACAGAGCUGUGAUAGUGGGUUAAUAAUAGAAACAGCUUAGUGCAUUUACUCAUGUGACUCAGGACCUGAUGUAAGUGUUUCUCAUUGAUCAACUUGGAUGGCUCAUAUGUCAAGUGUCCAUAAAUGUAAUUUUCUUGGGGAGAGAGAGAGAGAGAGAGAGAGAGAGAGAGAGAGAGAGAGAGAGAGAAUUCCUCUUGAAUAAUAUCCUGGGAGUUGCCAAGAUAAACUUCUCUUUCCAGUGUGUGGAACACUGCCAACAUUGCUGCAUGCCCUCACUCCAUGAGACAUGGUGGAGAGUUUUGGAAUUUAACACAUAGAUUGGUGUAAAGUCUGGAGAGUUAAUCAGGAAGUUUGCAUCACUACCUCUCUUUCUUUCUUGCCAGCCAAAUAUUGAUGAUGAAAAUUUUCCUACUGCUAGAAUUCAAACUGACCACCUACAAUUUGAGUGCAAUAGGAAUCAGAGCUCAAGAGCUCUGCAGCUGUUAGAGUUUCAUUGUGCUAAACCGAUGAAGUACUGUUAAUAUAAACUGCAAAUAACUCCCCUGGAAAUAUUUUUAUUUUUUGGUACAGGUUUUUGCUGUACUAUUCAUUUAUUUACCAAUAGUGGUAAGUUACACAACAUGUUCAUUUCGGCAGUUUGCCAUUAUCAGGUGUACCUGUGAAGAUGGUAUAAGAUAUAAUAUUGUUCCUUAUGUCUGUGUUAAUCUGUGUUUAUUUAUUGCACAUUAUGUCUUAGCUGGUAUGACGUAGUCCAUAUUGCAUCUUGGAGCAUAAAUGUCGGUUGUGUUUUUGUCUUGUUGUGAUCAUGUUAUUUAUACAUACUUUUAUUUGCAUGAUCCCAAUGAAAUUAUUUUUGACAGUUUGGGCUUUGGCAAUGCUAUAUGCUUACAAUGAAAUUUAUAUUUCAUGGAAAGUCAGUGAUUAUGUUCAAUUUUUUAGAGAUACCUGUCAAAAAUAAUUUUACCAGGAUCAUGCAAAUAAAAGUACAUGUAAAUAACAUGUCACUGACAUAACAAAAAGGCAACUAACAUUCAUGCUACAAGAUGUGAUAUGCAUCGUGUCAUUUCACUAAGACAUAAGCAUAAUGUGCUGUACAUAGACAUUGACUAAUACAGAUGUAAGGAACAAUAUCAUACCACCUUCAUAAGAACACUUGAUAAUGUCAAAAUUCCAAAACAAACUCGUUGUGUAACUUGUAUCACUACAAGCAAAUAAAUAAAUAAAUAAAUAGUGCAACAGAAACCUGUACCAAAAAAUGAAAAUAUGUCAUCAUUCAACCUCAUGCAUGCUGUGGGCCCACUAGAAAGAAUUUGAAAUCCCCUGGAAAUAUUAAGAGAUGAUAAACCUUAUGUGUCAGUCUUAUUCAUGCUAAUUUUGUUUACCAUGUUAUUAAUGCAAUGAGUGAAUAUAACUUACUCAAUGUAUAGUGGAAGUAUUGAGCAAAGGGUAAUCAUCAAAACAAGAACAGGGGCAUAGUAGCUCAAAUUAUGUACUUAUGUACUACUUCAGAGCACAACCAGGGGACUGAAGGAAGUGUAUUAUAUCUGUGUUAAAAACUAGAAUGUCACAAAUCUUCAUAGUUUCUGUGAUACAGCUGAUAAAAUUGUAACUAUUUUGUCCACAGCUUACCUGUGGUGAUAAGGUAUUUAUAAAGUAUUUCUUGUUCUGUAAAAUUUUAGGAGAACAGCUAAUUGUGUGGAACUUGUUACAGACACCUGGCAGUUCUCCCAAAAUUUUAUAGAACCAACAGUAUGUCAGGAAAUUUUAAAUUUAACAAGGUAUUUCUUGACUGUAGAAAUGUAAAAUAGUGAACAAUUAGUUCCAAUAUCACAGGUCUUUUGCCGCCAUGAUGUUUAUCUAGUGGCUGGCAUCCACAAUGAAAUAUUGUACAAAGUAUGCUUUGUGGUCUCUUGAGAUUUGUUUCACUGUAAUAGGCUUGUAUAAACCUUGUACUGCGCUACCAUAUUUCCUGGUGGACAUUUGAAGAUUCAUUAAUUAAAACCAGUUGUGAUAGUAAAUCACUUGUGUGACUGGUGAUUAUUUUAACCAGUAAUGUUGGUUCUUGAGAAACUUUUAUGGUGGUAAUAAGUACUGUUAUCGAAUAGAUUUACACAAAUAAUGCAUUUUUUUCUUUCAGUGUAAUAAAAGGAUGUAAAAAAAGUGGACAGACAAGCAGUAAAAAAUUUAUCUAGAUAGGAGCAGAAUGAUGUGAUUUUAUUUUUGGUGUCAGAUAUUCUGCAUUACUUUCUACAAUGUGAUCACUGUACUUGCUUGUAAAACGUUAAAACCUGUGAAUUUUAUCUCUAACUUUUUAAUUGACACCAUCAAUGACAACACUGUUUGGUUUAUUCCAUGCUUCCAUUCAUGAUUCCUCGGCUGUUUCAAUGUGUGUUGUAUUUUGUUAGCUCCAAAGCAUAUCAGAACAUCUUGUGUUGCAGAUUUGAUGUAGUGCUAGCUCUCAGUAAAAUAUGCUGGUAAAAUGAGGUAGAAAAUGCUUGUCACUUCAGGGCAGUAAAUACAUAUUGCUACUUUUUACAUAUGCUAAGAUUAUGCCUGAUUCACACAACUAUGUCUGCUAAUUUAUUUUAUGACUCUGAGCUUGAGUACAAAACUUGGUAGUGCUGUAAUAUCAGACACAAGAGUGCUUGCUGUUUUAUUUGUGAUAGUGUAAAUUUCUAAUAGUAAUAUUGAUGUAGGUGGUGUUUUCACAGCAGAGCUGUGUACACUAAAUGAGGUGCCUAAAUCUUUUAUAGUUUAACUAAAAGUUAUCAUUGUGUAUAUAAUUAGCAGACACUGUGAUGUUAGUGUUAAGCAGAUAUUGAAAUCUCCCUUUUGCAGAAAUAAGUUUGAAUCAUAUUGUAAGCUUAAAAUUCUAUGAUGUGUAGUAGCAUGAAAUGCUGUGCCAAGAUUCCCAUUUUUGCGUAUAAUUACUCUAUGCUCUAGUAGUAACUUGGUUAUAGUUAGUUGUUUCUACAUAUGGAUUUUAGAUUUGUUUAUGCAACCAUGGUUGGGUUUUAUGAAGUAUUAACUUUUUUGUUUAAAUAAUUCAUUUAUUCACAGUAAGGUGCUUUUAUGUGAUGUAUUUAAGGAACUUUUUAUAAUGUAAGGCAGCUUUUCCUGUGAAUGUGUAUGUAGCGUAAGUUAGCCUGGUAUGCUGGGAAUGUGUAUCUCCACUUUAUUAAAUACAUGUUUGUUUGGUUUACUGUUGCAAAACAACAUAUGAUGACAAUUUAAUGAACUUCAUUUCAUUUUUUAGGACUCAUAGAAAGUAAUAAUGGCAACUAAGGUGGGAUAAAUUUCAUUUUGAUUUAUUAAUGUUCCACAUACUUGGUUUGUGUAUUGCUGUGCCUGCUAAAAUGUUUUAAGCAAUGGACAUUUACUCAAUAACAAAUAUACACUAAAUAAUGGAACUAUAUAGUAAUUUUGAUAAAGAUUCCUGUAUUGGUUGUAUAUUUUGGAGAAAGAUAGCAUUGGUAAAAACCAUAAUUUGUCACUGCCAUAUUCUGACCAAGACUUCUGGUAGAUAUUUCUUACUAAGAGCAUGCCAUAUUUUGGUAUUUAAGGGAUUGUGUCUGGCUAACACCACUAAGAAGAUGCAUUUUUUUUCUACCAGAAAAUGCUCAUUGUUGUACUGCCUACACUUUUGUGAAAGUAGAUCUUCAGCUGUUGCUGUAUUCAUGACCAAAAUAUCAAAGGAGAAGAUGGUGUCCAAUAAAAUGUCACUGCUUGUUA